AUGAGCAAAAAAAGAACAAUUGAUUUUUUUUUCAAACGACAAGAAGAUGUUAAUGACCCACAACCUGAAAGAAAUAGCAAUAUGGAAGAGCCUGUUAAUGUUGAACCUGAAAAAAAUGAUGUUUCAAAUUCAAGAGAGGUAAACUUAGAUUCUUUGAUUCGUGAUCCCGGAGAACAACCUUUGAUCUCAAGCUAUCCAAGUCACCAACGUGAUGAGAUUAGACGAUUAUAUAUUAAACUUGGACCAUACCAAAUUCAAAAAUCAAAGUAUCCUUCAAGUCCUAGUGGUCCAAAUAGUUCUAUGCGUAGUUUUCAACAAGCUUGGUCAGAUACAUUUACCGUCGCGGGGUUUAAUAAAUGGAAAAAAGUGAAUUGUGGAAAAGAUUGUUCUUUCAUCGUCCUUGAAGAGAAUGUGAUAGAGAAACAAACGACUCAACAAGUUAUGGAUAAUAGAUUACGUCUUAAAGUUUCUAUUGAGGCUAUCAAAUGGCUUACAUUUCAAGCAUGUGCUUUAAGAGGUCAUGAUGAGGGACCUGACUCAAAAAAUCAAGGGAAUUUCCUUGAACUUAUAAAGUUGCUUGCUUCUUAUAACAAGACUAUUGAUGAUGUUGUGUUAGAAAAUGCUCCUCAAAAUGCAAAAUACACAUCACCGGAUAUCCAAAAAGAAAUAUUACGUGUUUUAGCUACAAAUGUACAAAAAGCAAUUCGUGAUGAAAUCGGGACUGCAAAAUUUUGUUUGAUAGUUGACGAGUCUCAAGAUGAAUCUAAGAAAGAACAAAUGGCUAUUGUUGUGAGAUUUGUUGACCGAUAUGGACAUGUCAAAGAAAGAUUUUUGGAUUUGAUUCAUGUCAAAGAUACAACUUCAUCGACCUUGAAAAAUUAG